CUUUUUUCACAACUCAACAAUCACACACACUCUGCAGCUACCUAGUCACACCACCACCAACAACCAAUUCUCAUCACUGCAUAAAGUUCAUCAUAUCUAUAUUUCCGGCUAGUUUAUAGAUCUACAUUUCUGUUAAUCACUUUCUCAUUCUUACAUACAUAUAUACAUAGAUAUAGAUAGAUAUAUAAUAUAUCCGCCAUGCCUGGUUUAGUCUCCGUCAAAACACCGCCACGUAUCACAAUCCCCGACGACAACCAAAGCCACCAGAUCCGGCCAACUCCGGACCGUGCAGAAUCAAUCAACACCAAAACAGCUUCACCGGCGCAACGACGGCCUCCGUCACCAUCACCGUCAUCAUCACGCGCCAAGCCGUCACCAGAUCGGAGCUCCGGAAAGAAGAAAUCACCCGAAAAACACUCGCUGCUCGACGAGUCAUCACUAGACAAUCCAGAUCUCGGUCCGUUUCUGUUAAAACUCGCGCGUGACACAAUCGCGUCUGGUGAUGGACCGAGCAAGGCGUUAGACUACGCGCUUCGCGCGUCGAAGUCGUUUGAACGAUGCGCAGUUGAAGGUGAACCGAGUCUAGAUCUGGCUAUGUGUUUACAUGUUGUUGCGGCGAUUUAUUGUAGUUUGGGAAAGUUUGAAGAGGCGAUUCCGGUAUUGGAUAGAGCGAUUAAAGUUCCAGAAGUUUCGAGAGGCGCGGAUCAUGCUUUAGCUGCUUUUUCGGGGUAUAUGCAACUCGGUGAUACUCAUUCUAUGUUAGGCCAGCUUGAUCGCUCUAUCGAGUGUUAUAAGGAAGGUUUGAAGAUUCAAAUGGAGGCCUUAGGUGAUACAGAUCCUCGUGUAGCUGAAACUUGCAGAUACUUGGCUGAGGCCCAUGUCCAAGCAAUGCAAUUUGAUGAAGCUGAGACCUUGUGCAAAAGAACCCUUGAAAUCCAUAGAGUGCACAGUCCACCUGCAUCUCUUGAAGAAGCAGCUGAUAGGCGAUUAAUGGCUCUCAUAUGUGAGGCAAAAGGUGAUUAUGAAGCAGCCCUGGAACACCUUGUACUUGCCAGCAUGGCAAUGAUUGCCAAUGGACAAGAUAAUGAAGUUGCUGCAAUUGAUCUCAGCAUAGGCAACAUUUAUUUGUCGCUCUCACGUUUUGAUGAAGCCGUGUUCUCUUAUCAAAAGGCGCUUACUGUCUUCAAAGCGUCAAAGGGUGACAACCACCCUUCAGUUGCUUCUGUUUUUGUACGCCUUGCUGACCUGUACCACAAGACUGGAAAACUGCGAGAAUCUAGAUCGUAUUGUGAAAAUGCCCUUAGAAUAUACGCAAAACCUGUGCCUGGGACUACUCCAGAAGAUAUAGCCAGUGGUAUGACAGAAAUUUCAGCAAUAUAUGAAUCUUUUAAUGAACCUGAGGAGGCAUUGAGGUUGUUGCAGAAAUCAAUGAAACUUUUGGAGGACAAGCCCGGCCAGCAAAGUACUAUUGCAGGAGUAGAAGCACGAAUGGGUGUCAUGUUUUAUAUGGUGGGAAGGUAUGAAGAAGCAAGAGGAGCUUUCGAAAGUGCUGUUGCCAAACUAAGGGCUAGCGGAGAAAGAAAAUCAGCAUUUUUUGGGGUUGUUCUGAACCAGAUGGGGUUGGCUUCGGUACAACUCUUCAAGAUAGAUGAAGCUGCUGAACUGUUUGAGGAAGCCAGGGAAAUCCUUGAACAGGAGUGUGGGCCUUGUCACCAAGAUACCCUUGGAGUAUACAGCAAUCUUGCUGCAACAUAUGAUGCUUUGGGAAGAGUUGAAGAUGCAAUUGAGAUUUUGGAGUAUGUUCUUAAAUUAAGAGAAGAAAAGCUUGGAACAGCAAACCCAGAUUUUGACGACGAGAAAAAAAGGCUAGCAGAGCUCCUGAAAGAGGCAGGAAGGUCACGCAACAAGAAAGCAAAGUCACUUGAAAACCUAAUAGAUCCCAAUUCAAAGAGGACAAAGAAAGAAACUUCAUCAAAGAAAUGGUCUGCCUUCGGAUUUAGAAGCUAAAAAACAUAAAGAAAACUUUUUUCCUAAUAUAUUCGCUAAUUACUAUUUACCACCCCCUUCAAUUAUCAAGCAUACGAUGUGCAUCAUAGAAGAUGGUGUUAUGUGUAUAGUGUUUCUUCUGAUUCUCUCAUCAUUUGAUUGACACCCCUUUUUUUUUUCCUAUUCUUUUUCUCGUUCUUUGGGGCUUUGAGUUUGUUUCCUUAAUCUGUUGUACGGAAUGGAAUAUAUUUUAUUUGUGAUUUCUGAUA